AACAAACCGAACAAAUUUCAACUUAUUCCGUUGACAAUACAAACACCGUUAACUUGACAGCUCUGGACCAUUGAUCAUAAAUAAUCCAAACGAUCACUACGACUUUUUUCAUUCCCGGACGAAGGCUGAAUCGCCGGCGAGAUUAAGCUGCUGCUGAUCUCUAGGCAUAACUAGUUACUGUGGUGGAAGCCCUAAUGAAGAUGUAGUAACAUCUAUUUUUCAACUUAGAACAAGUUGAUGAUUGAUGAUACUUGUAGCUUUGACCAGAGUUGACCUAAUUAGAUGAGCAUCACCAUAGCCUUUCAUUUAAGUUCAAAUAGCUUGAUAAUCGCUUGAAGAAAGCUCUCUCAAAAUCGACCCCUUGGAUCGUUUAAGAAUGUCUUCUCACAAAUAGUCGAUUGGUGGAAACGAGACUCCAAGUAAUAAUCAUGUUGAGUUUGGAAUAUUCAAAUACCUAGAAGCUCGCUUGGAAAUUGCUCGUUUGAAAAGAAGCUUGGAGAUAGCGCACUCGAAAUUGACUUGGUUGUAAACGAGUUGGCUCAGCUCGGCUUGGUUUGUAAACAGUCCGAGUUGAAGCUUGACCCUGGCUCAGCUCGUUAACAGCCCUACUUCUGAUAUGUAGAUGGAUCAUCAAACAAUUUUCUAUAGUGGAUCAUCAAACAAUUUUCUAUAGUGGAUCAUCAAAUGGUUUUUAAGUGAUUUCUUUUGACCUUGAUCUUAUAACAGCAGCCAGUCACCUCUUUACGAUGGCGUUAUCUUCUCGUCAGCAAGCUUAUGACGUCUUUGUGAGUUUUAGAUACGAGGAUAUCAGCAAAACUUUCAUGGAUCAUCUCUUCAGUGAUUUAAAAAGAAAAGGAAUUCAUGCUUACGGGGACAAUAAUCAGUUGACUAGAGGAGAAGAGUCAUCUUUUGAAGCCAUUGAACAUUCCAGGGUUAUACUAGUCAUUUUCUCACACAACUACGCUUCAUCAACAUUGUGUUUGAAAGAACUUGUGAAGAUUCUUGAGUGCAAGAAGAGCGAGAAUGACAAGUAUGAAGUUUGGCCUAUCUUUUACGAUGUGACUCCGGCAGUGGUGCGAAAUCAAAGAGGGAGCUACGAAGAAGCGAUCAUGAUUCAUGAAGCUUCAAAUGAAAAGGAGGUGAUUAAAUGGAAGAAAGCUUUAACGUCGGCUGGAAACUUAUCGGGAUGGGAUCUCCAAAAUACGACCAACGGGUAUGAAUCAAAGUUUAUUGAUAUAAUCUUGAAGGAGAUAUUUAAUAAACUAAUUGAUGGGCCCAUACCUUCCGGCGACAGUCUAGUUGGAUUGUACGCUCGUGCAGAGCAAAUGAACUUAUCGCAAUUUGCAGGGUCCGAUAAGGUUCACACAAUAGGGAUUUGCGGCAUCGGUGGAAUAGGAAAAACAAGCGUUGCAAAAGCUAUAUAUAACCUUAUGUAUAAACAUUUUGAAGCGUGCAGCUUUUGUGAAGAUGUUAACGACGUCGUGAAUCGAAACGGGCUUGUUUAUCUACAGACAAAACUUCUUGACGAUAUUUUAAAAGACGGCGAUCCCUUAACGGAUCUAAAAAUACCAAGUGUUGGCGAAGGGGUUUGCAUAAUGAAGAGAAGGAUGAAGGGUAAAAAGAUCUUUAUUGUACUUGAUGACGUGGAUAACCAAAACCAAUUUGAAGCGUUAGCGGGAAAUCCUGACUGGUUUAAUCCCGGAAGUUUGAUUGUGGUAACGAGUAGAGAUCGACAGUUGCUUAAAGCUAAUCAUGUUGAACACGUUUACGAAAUCGACCCUUUGAAUGACGAUGAAGCCCGUGAGCUGUUUAAUAAAUAUGCUUUUAAAGGUGAACAUCCACCGGACGAAUUUAUCGAAUGUACUAACGGAAUACUUGACUAUGUUAACGGACACCCGCUCGCGCUUAAAACUAUAGGAAGUUCUCUGUUUAACAAGACGUUACAUGAAUGGGAACGUGAGAUAGAUAAUCUUCAACAUAGUUCUAAUGCUCUUAUACUUAUACAUCAAGUGCUCAGAGUAAGUUACAAUGGGCUCGAUGCUGAUCAAAAAAACAUUUUUCUUGAUAUUGCGUGUUUCUUUAGAGGAGAAAAGAAAGAUUAUGUGCUGAAAAUACUGGAUGUUUGUGAAUCGUCUUUUUCGACUAAUCUUAGAGUUUUAGUUGAUAAGUCACUAAUAAGUAUAUGUGGAGAUAGGAUACAAAUGCAUAAUUUGGUCCAACAAAUGGGUCGGCAAAUAAUUCGUGAAGAAUCUGAAGAACCUGCGAAGCAAAGCAGAUUAUGGUCUCCAACAGAUGUGCUCGAUGUAUUGAAAAAUAAUAAGGGAACUGAAUUUGUUAAAGGCUUAGCACUAGACCUUUCAUCUUCAAAAGUCAAUAUCGAUGGUCAAAGCUUCAAGAAGUUGAAAAAUCUUCGAUUACUACACAUAUAUAAUGGAGCCUUGGGUAGUUUUAGAGACACCAAUGGUGUAAAAUGCAGAAGUGAAUUGUGGAAAGAGACUAAUAUGAGUGCCGCUUCUGGAAAGCUUGAAUUUUUAUCGAAUGAAUUACAGUUGCUUUGUUGGCAUGGAUAUCCUUUUCAACAUCUACCAUCAUCGUUUUGCCCCGAGAGCCUCCUUGUCCUUGAUUUGUCAUUUAGUUGUAUCAAACAAGUAUGGAGCAGAUCAAAGGGCUUCAAAACGCUGACAUUGUUGAACCUCAGUCAUUGUCACAACCUAAGAAAGACACCAGACUUCACGGAAACUCCAAAUAUAAAAGAGUUAAUACUUGAUGGUUGUGAAAAUUUGGUUAAAGUUCACCCCUCGAUCGGAACUUUGAAGACGCUCAUCAUCUUAAGUUUAAAAAACUGCAAAAACCUCAAGAUUCUCCCCAACAUAACCAAGUUAGAAUCACUCGAAAAUCUCAAUCUCUUCGGUUGCUCAAAAAUAAAAAAUUUGGUCAAAUCUCACCCGUUACAGCUUUCAUCAUUUAUAAGAAAACUUCAUGGUCCCGUGGCUUCGGUGUUACCUUCUUUGUCAACUUUAGGUUCACUACGGGUUUUAAAUGUCAGCCAUUGCAAUCUUUCUGGUGCUAGUGUAAGGAGCCUGGAAACUUUGUGUUCACUUGAAGAGUUGGAUAUGAGCGUAAAUGAUUUUACGAGCAUAAAUGCAAACUUGAGUCGGUUAUCUCGACUUUCGUGCCUACGGUUGAUGGGUUGUAAGAAGCUUCAGUUUCUGCCGAAUCUUCCUUCAUCCAUCCUUAACCUUGAUGCACAACGUUGCAUAUCACUGCAAGAGUUACCGAAGCUGUCAACCGAGUACAGUGGUGGCAAUGCUGUCUUUGAUUUUAAAAACUGUCUAAAAGCGGUUGAGAAUCGGGCCGUUGAGAGCCUGCUUACGGUGUUUUUGCCACAGGGACGGAUUGAUAUAUUUGAAGAGGUUAAUAUAUUUCUUCCGGGAAGUAGUAUUCCAGGGUGGUUUGGCAAUCAACGUGACGGUGAUACUAUAACGAUGGAAUUACCGCCACAUUGGCACUACAAAAAGCUGAAGGGUUUGGCUACUUGUGUUGUUAUUACUCCUGAAAACACUGGUAACAGAAGUACAUAUUUUGAAAUCUCGUGUAGUGUGAAGAACCUACAUGGCGAUCUCGUUAGUGAUGUGUGUCUCUUGUCAACCGAUGAUCCCAAUAUUGAGUCGGAUCAGAUAUGGGUUUGGUACAAGAGAUCCGACCCCAGGUGGAUGAAAGUUGAUGAUCGAGUUAUGGUUUCAUUUAAAUGUGUUGGCAUCAAUUGUAAGGUGAAAAGGUGUGGUGUGAGAUUGGUUGUUGAAGAUAAAGCAGCAGUCGCCAUUGAAGAUGAGCAGUAGGAGUGUAAACGAGCAGAGUCGAGGCCGAGCUCGCCUAAGCUCGAGCUCAGCUCCUGAGUGGUUUUUCAAGUUUGAGUUUGGCUUAGGCUCGACUCGACUCGACUCGUUUAUUAUUUGAUAGUUGUUUAAUAUACAUUUAUAUAUAUUUCUGAACAUAUAUAGUUCUAAUUAUAUAUGUAACAUAAGAUAUAUAACACGAUAA